CUCGUCCCGGUGAGUCAGAGCCGGAGCUGUCUCCGCGCCCCGGGCCCCCGCCAGCGGCCUCGGGAGGGGAGCCGGUUACUUGUCCGCGCUCCGGGGGUGGGGACGCUCGGCCCCCAGCCGUCCCUCCCAGCGGCACGGAUCCCGUGCGGUCCCGCGUGGACGCGGCGGCCGAGCGGCGUUGCGGGCUUUGUUCGGCUUUGUCUGAGCCGCACCUGAACUCGGCCGCGAGGCCCGCGCGCUUCUCGGGGAAGCCGGAGUCACCUGGCGCACCUGGACGAGCGCACCUGGCGCACGCUUCCCCCGGGCUCCCUGCAGACGGCCCGGCCCGGGGAGACCCAGCCAGCGCAUCGGGACGGGGAGCGUGGCGGGCCCGGGAGGGGCCUCUCUUUUGGGACUCCGGCACGGGGUCGCAGAGCCAAGGGGGCGCGGAGCACAGUUACAUCAACAUGCCUUCCUUCCCGUUGCUGGAGGCCAUCUUCAUUUUCCUGCUUUCUGGAGUACGCCCAUCUCAUCCUCUUCAGGAAGUCCACGUAAGCAGGGAGACCAUUGGGAAGAUUUCAGCCGCCAGCAAAAUGAUACGGUGCUCAGCUGCUGUGGACGUCCUAUUUCUGAUAGAUGGCUCCUACAGUGUCGGGAAGGGGAGCUUUGAAAGGUCCAAACACUUUGCCGUCACGGUCUGCGACGCUCUGGACAUCGGUCCCGAGAGGGUCAGAGUGGGAGCACUGCAGUUCGGUUCCGUCCCUCGUCUGGAAUUCCCCUUGGAUUCGUUUUCGUCCCCACGGGAAGUGAAGGCAAACAUGAAGAGCAUGGUUUUCAAAGGAGGACGCACAGAGACAGGCCUCGCUCUGAAAUACCUUCUGCGCAAAGGGUUCCCUGGGGGCAGAAAUGCCUCUGUGCCCCAGAUCCUCAUCGUUGUCACUGACGGGAGGUCCCAAGGGCACGUGGUGCCGCCAGCCAAGCAGCUCAAGGAAAGAGGUGUCACCGUAUUUGCCGUCGGGGUCCGGUUUCCCAGGUGGGAGGAGCUGCACGCACUGGCCAGCGAGCCGAGGGAGCAGCACGUGCUGAUGGCUGAGCAGGUGGAGGAUGCCACCAAUGGCCUUUUAAGCACCCUCAGCAAGUCUGACAUCUGCACCGUCGUCUCUCCAGACUGCCAGGUCCAGCCUCAUCCCUGUGAGCGCAAGACGCUGGAGACGGUCAGGGAGCUUAUGGGCAGUGCCCUGUGCUGGAGAGGAUCGCGGGGGACCGAUGCCGUGCUGGUGGCACUCUGUCCCUUCUCCAGCUGGAAGAGAGUGGUCCUAACCCACCCUGCCACCUGCUACAGGACAACCUGCCCAGGCGCCUGUGACUCGCAGCCCUGCCAGAAUGGAGGCACUUGUGUUCCAGAAGGACUGGACAGGUACCACUGCCUCUGCCCACCAGCCUUCGGAGGGGAGGCUAACUGCGCCCCGAAGCUGAGCCCGGAAUGCAGAAUCGACGUCCUCUUCCUGCUGGCCAGCUCAGCGGGCACCACCCUGGAGGGCUUCCUGCGGGCCAAGGCCUUCGUGAAGCGGUUUGUGCAGGACUCACUGGGCGAGGACUCCCGGGCCCGCGUGGGUGUGGCCCGCUACAGCGGGGAGCUGAUGGUGGCCGUGCCCGUGGGCGAGUACCAGGACGUGCCGGACCUGCUCAGGAGCCUGGAUGGCAUCCCCUUCGGCGGGGGCGCCACCCUAACGGGCGGCGCCUUGCGGCAGGCGGCUGAGCGCGGCUUCGGGAGCGCCGCCAGGACGGGCCAGGACCGUCCCCGCAGAGUGGUGGUCCUGCUCACCGAGUCACCCUCCCAGGAUGACGUGGCCGGCCCGGCGCGUCGUGCGAGGGCCCGAGAGCUGCUCCUGCUGGGAGUGGGCACCGAGGCUGUGCGGGCAGAGCUGGAGGAGAUCACAGGCAGCCCAGAGCGCGUCCUGGUCUACGCCGGCCCACAUGACCUGUUCCGCCAAACCCGUGAGCUGCAGGGGAAGCUGUGCAGCCGGCCGCCGCCAGGCUGCCAGGCACGGUCCCUGGACCUGGUCUUCGCGUUGGAUGCCUCGGCCUCCGUGGGGCCCGAGAACUUCGCCCGGAUGCAGAGUUUCGUGAGGAGUUGCGCGCUCCGGUUUGACGUGAACCCCGACGUGACGCAGGUCGGCCUGGUGGUUUACGGCGGCCAGGUCCGCGUGGCCUUCGGGCUGGACACCCACGCCACCCGCGCCGCGGUGCUGCGGGCCGUGAGCCAGGCCCCCUACCUGGGCGGGGUGGGCUCGGCGGGCACAGCCUUGCUGCACAUCCAUGACAGGGUGAUGACGGUCCAGAGGGGCGCCCGGCCUGGUGUCCCUAAGGCUGUGGUGGUGCUCACAGGCGGGCUGGGGGCGGAGGACGCUGCUGUCCCCGUCCGGAAGCUGAGGAACAAUGGCGUCUCUGUCCUGGUGGUGGGCGUGGGGCCCGUGCUGAGGGAGGCGCUGCGGAGGCUCGCGGGUCCCCGGGACUCCCUGCUCCACGUGGCAACCUACGCAGACCUGAGGCACCACCAGGACGCGCUCAUCCAGUGGAUAUGUGGAGAAGCCAAGCGGCCCGUCAACCUCUGCAAACCCAGCCCGUGCAUGCACGAGGGCACCUGCAUCCUGCAGAACGGGAGCUACCGCUGCGAGUGCCAGGACGGCUGGCAGGGCCCCCACUGUGGGAAACGGUCCUUGAGAGGAGAUGCCCCCAAGGCCCGUGGCUCCCGCCGAGACCCCUCCCAGCAACUGCCCAGGUCUGAGCACCCUGGGCGCUGAAACUGCCGUGGCAUCCGUGGAGCAUCCUGCCUCCGGCUCCGCGCAGAACCCUCCCGCCCACGUGCCUCCGCCACAAAGAGCUGUCCCGGCUGCAGACCGUGCUGCUUGGGGACACAGCGACACCUGACUCCACCACUAAUGCUGAUGUUGAAAAGUCUUCACAUGUAAGUAUUUGCUUGCUGUGCCUGGCUGUGCCCCGGUGAGCUCGUGUCGUCGGCCGCCUUUCCCCUGAGGAGAAACAAAGGAGCGUGGAGACUCCUGAUGGCCUGUUUGAAGCAACCUUGGCCCUCACGUUGGCCCUCACCAGAUGCUAAAUAGGAUGUCAUUGGGAACAGUAAUAGGAGGCGCGGACUAGAGUGGUGUUUGGACCACUGAAGCCACGGCAUUUCGAGAUGGAAAAAGUGUGGACCUUUUCACACCUCUUUUCCCAAAGAUUUCCUAGUGCGUUUGCUUUCGGUUCGACAAGGGGCUUGUGUGGCAUUUGUGACUUCUGGUUUCUGGAUCUGUGCGUGGCAAAGACCUAAAAAAGGCUCGGGACUGGAAUGUGACCACUAACCAACUUGUUUGACUAUGGGGGAGGGGCCAGGUGAAGAUGUCCCAGGUCCUGGGCUACAUUCCCUUUGGGGGGGCUUCCUCGAGAGAUUACGUAGGGGGGCUACUUGGGGGGUGUUUAUUGCUUGCUUUUUUUUCCUUAGGACAAAGAGGAUUGGAAUUCUUAAACAAAUACAGCAUAAAGAAACCUAGAGGGUGUUGGCGUUUUUUAAGCAUCGAUCUUAUGUUAUCUAAGUGGCUUUGCUUCUCGCUAAAGGAAUGUCUCAAGAUAUGAUGUUGGUUACUUAACAGGACCCGUGUGGCAAAAAGGCUUUUUAGUUGGAGUGUUUUCUGGCAAACCAGGUACUUACCCCUGCAGUGUUUAGGAAUCAGUCCUUCCCCUUGGUUGUGGUCCUUUCGCUUUGGGUUUUCAGUAGAAACCUUUGUGGAGCUGUGACCUACAUCCAGAUAUCCAGAUACUUCGUCUUUUCUUUUUAAUGUAAAUAAUGUAAAUGUUUUACAUGCAAAUAUUCAAGGCUGCUUUGACCUAAAGUACUUGAAGAGGCCACCUGAGGGUAUCCUUAGACAUUUCAAAUGAAAGGUCCAGCGUACCAAGCACCUUCAUGACAGUCAUUGUGUUCAAGGAUAUUUUCACUCCUGUUACUACUUUAGCCUGGGCAGGUGACAUCAGAGCAGGGAUGUCCACCUAGCAGGUGCUGAUGGGUGAUGUCUGAGAACUUACAUGAACCCACAGUCUUUAACAGCAAGUUUAAUCAUUUUACAGUGUAGGUUCUUUGGGUCAGGGCUGAUAUUUGGGCAUCCCAUUUGAAUUGCUUUGACUUAAAAAAAAAAAACCCACAGACUUACACAUUAAAACACUGCUAUUUUUAGAUCCCAGACCUUGAGCCUUUUUUUUUUUUCCUUUUCUAGGGAAGGUACCACUGAAUAGUUCAACCCUCUCAGCAUCCCAAUAGUGGCAGAGAGAAUUCCUAUCUUAUUGCCUAACCAGCCAAGACUUUUUCUUUCUUUUAAAAGAAACUGGCCUUUUUUAACUAGAUUUUUUUUUAAUUUAAUGUUUAUUCAUUUUGAGAGACAGACACACACACACACACACACACACAC